CCUGGACGGGGGCGGGCUCUCCCGGCCACCAUUGGCUAAGGCCCCCACACACGAGGGCUCCCCCCAUCUACCCUAGACUUCAGUCUGUCCCGCUUCCAGCUGCUGCAGCCGCGCCUUCACCGCCUCAGCAUCCAGUCGCCCCCUGCUCCGGUCCGGCAUGGCGACCCCAACGCAGGCCCCCACAAAGGUUCCUCAGGAACCUGACCCAUUUUACUAUGACUAUGACACUGUACAGACUGUGGGCAUGACUCUGGCUACCAUAUUGUUCCUGCUGGGCAUCCUCAUCAUCAUCAGCAAGAAGGUGAAGUGCAGGAAGGCGGACUCCAGGUCUGAGAGCCCAACAUGCAAAUCCUGUAAGUCGGAGCUUCCCUCCUCAGCCCCUGGAGGUGGUGGCGUGUAAAGUCGGCCCCGGGCAGCUCCACUGCUGUCCCUGCCUGAGCGCGGGAGCCUGAGGACCGGGUGGAGGCGGUGGGGAGCCCAGCCUUGCGCCGGGGAGCGCUCCCCCGAAUGAGCCGCCCCACCCACCCCGAGGCUGGAGCCGCUGCCCCCCGCUGCCCCUCCCCAGGCCUUGGCAAUGACGACCCCGCAAGAGCCCGUCUGCAGCCCAUAUCCAGGGACUCAGUCCUCCAGCUCCUGGGGUCCGGGGAUCCGCCCCCAGCCCCCCAGAAUCCCGGUUUAACGCUUUCCUGCACCUCCCUGUCUCCACGCGGAAGACCCGUUCCCCUGCACCCUGGGUGUCUACGUCUUGAGCUUAAUAAAUGUGCAUUUGGUUUUUCCCCCUGUUCUGUCUGCGUUGUUC